AUGGGUCCAGUAGUUGUCCUGGUGCUGGGCCUCUCCUGCCUGCUUCUCUUUUCCAUAUGGAGACAGAACUCUGGAAGAAGGAAGCUCCCUCCUGGCCCCAUUGCUUUCCCAAUUAUUGGCAAUAUACUGCAGCUUGAUAUUAAAGACAUCACUAAAUCUUUAACCAAUCUCUCCAAAGUGUAUGGCCGUGUGUUCACUCUGUAUUUUGGCACGAAGCCCAGUAUGGUGCAGUAUGGAUAUGAAGCAGUGAAGGAAGCCCUGAAUGAUCAUGGGGAGGAGUUCUCUGGGAGAGGCAGGUUCCCACUGAUUGAAAAAGUUAGUAAAGGCCUUGGGUUGCCUUCCUGUCCUCCCUUCUCACUUCUCCCAACUCCCUGCAGAUCCAGGAAGAUCCAGUCUCCAGUUUGGAGGGCUUCCUGUGUCACUGCAUAA